AUGCAUUUUCAUACGCUAGAGAUGUUGGUUAUGGUGGUGAUCUUUGUGCAUGCCGAUUUGCUGAAGUUGAAAAGUGUCUGUAAGUGUGCGGAGGAGGGAUCGUAUCAGUGCCAGAAUGUAAACAACCCAAAUGUGAAAGGCAAUGGCGGCACAACAAGAAAAGCGUGUAUCACAGAUGAUCUGUACGCCGGUAUUUUUGCAGAUGUGGUAGGGAAGGAUGGUCUGACUGACAGUCAUCCACGAACUGACAAUGCCGCUCAUAGCCAAAUAAUGGGCUGUUCAAGUGCGCCAUGUCCUUGUGAUGAAUUACUUUCUGAUGAGAUGGUGGAAGAUGCCUCAAAUUUGAUGCGGAAGAGCUACCAGCAAAAUGUAGAGCACAGCUCGUGUCGCAUAGCAGCGCGUGGUGAUAGCCCAAAUAAUGAAGAAAAAUUGAACGUAUCGGACCAACCGGUAUGUACCAGGAUAGGUGUUGAAAAAGAGUGUGAUCAGGAUAAUGAGGAAAAUAACGAUGAGAACGCGUACUGGUUCGGGUCGUACAUAUCGAGCGCUAUACAAAACGGAUGCAGAACGGUUUCAUCUAUUGUUGAGGAAGUGUUCAGCAUGUUUCAGGGUUGCGGAUUGUGGAUAGAUCCUUCAGAUGAACGAAAUGAGGAGUUCAUCGACGAAGCGAUCGACAAUAUGAGCGAAUCGGGGAAUGGAACUGAUAACGAACUUAAGAAGGCGGGAAAAUUGUUGGCUAGGACAUGCAAGUGCUUUAUACGUGAAUUUUUCUGGUGCACCAUAGGUUUAUGUGACAAAAUAAGUGGCGUGAUCGGUAAGAGAAAGGUAAAAUACAGGGAUGCGAACAUAGGCUCGGAUAAAAACAAAGACAAGUAUUCAAAUUUAGAAAGAACAUGCACCUGUGAAGCAUACAUUAAACGAGCAGCAUGCAGGCACGGUUCUGGACUAAAAGGAAAAAAAGGCAAGGCUGUCGAGCAUGUUUCUGAUAGCAUAUAUUGUGAGUUUAUGAGAGCUUUUGAACAAGAGAAACAUGGUUUGACAAUGCAAGAGCUCAUAGAAAGGGUAGCAUCGCGUGGUGAGCAUCGUGGCACUCAAAUUGUCGACAGCAAAAAAUGUUUUAACGGGUGUGAUGAGGUGCAGGAUGUUACGAAGAGAAGUAAUUUCUACGAAACAGUGGAAUUAGCCAUAAAAAUGGUUUCUCUAAUGGGUGUAUUACUGUUUAUGGUUGCGCUGGUUGCGACUGUCCUUCACCACUGGACCAAAUAAGUUUGUCAGUCACGCUGUAAGCGACGUGCAUUCAUUAAAAUAUUGUAUUUAG